CAGGAGGGACAGUCGGGGACCGGCGCGGGCACUCAGUAGCCCGCGGCCCGGGUGGUGCGGGAGGCCCUGGUCCGGCUGCGGAGCGCUGCGCGACAGGCUGACCCCGAAGGACCCCCAGCGCGGCGGGCGCGGCGAUGAUCCUGGAGGAGAGGCCGGACGGCGCGGGCACCGGCGAAGAGAGUCCGCGGCUGCAGGGCUGUGACUCCCUGAUGCAGAUGCAGUGCGGCCAGCUGCAGAGCCGCAGGGCCCGGAUUCACCAGCAGAUUGACAAGGAGCUGCAGAUGCGUACGGGCGCUGAGAACCUCUACAGAGCCACCAGCAACAACCGGGUGAGAGAGACGGUCGCCCUGGAGCUGAGCUACGUCAACUCCAACCUGCAGCUGCUGAAGGAGGAGCUGGAGGAGCUCAGCGGUGGCGUGGACCCUGGCCAGCAUGGGAGUGAAGCUGUUACUGUCCCCAUGAUCCCCCUGGGCCUGAAGGAGACCAAGGAGCUGGACUGGUCUACACCACUGAAGGAGCUGAUCUCGGUGCACUUUGGAGAGGACGGCGCUUCCUACGAGGCAGAAAUCAGAGAGCUGGAGGCCCUGCGGCAGGCCAUGCGGACCCCCAGCCGGAAUGAGGCGGGCCUGGAGCUGCUCACAGCCUACUAUAACCAGCUGUGCUUCCUGGACGCGCGCUUCCUCACCCCUGCCAGGAGCCUCGGGCUCUUCUUCCACUGGUACGACUCGCUUACUGGGGUCCCGGCCCAGCAGCGCGCCCUGGCCUUCGAGAAGGGCAGCGUUCUCUUCAACAUCGGCGCCCUCCACACGCAGAUUGGGGCGCGCCAGAACCGCUCCUGCGCCGAGGGUGCCCACCGUGCUGUGGAGGCCUUCCAGAGGGCCGCUGGGACCUUCAGCCUCCUGAGGGAGAACUUCUCCCAUGCGCCGAGCCCAGACAUGAGCCCUGCGUCCCUCUGCGCACUGGAGCAGCUCAUGAUGGCCCAGGCCCAGGAAUGUGUGUUUGAGGGUCUCUCACCCCCUGCCUCCAUGGCCCCCCAAGACUGCCUGGCCCAGCUGCGCCUGGCGCAGGAGGCUGCCCAGGUGGCAGCCGAGUACAGACUAGUGCACCAGACCAUGGCCCAGCCACCCGUCCACGACUACAUGCCCGCCUCCUGGACUGCCCUGGUGCAUGUCAAGGCCGAGUACUUCCGCUCCCUGGCCCACUACCACGUAGCCAUGGCCCUCUGCGACGGCUCCUGUGAGUGCCCACCGCACUUGCCCAUGAUGCUGCAAAGGCCCCCCGCUCAGGGCUCAUGGCCUCUCUGUCCCCCAGCAGCGACCGAGGGAGAGCUCCCCACACACGAGCAGGUUUUCCUCCAGCCCCCCACCUCCUGCAAGCCCCAAGGCCCUGUGCUGCCGCAGGAGCUGGAGGAGCGCAGGCAGCUUGGCAAGGCACACCUGAAGCGCGCCAUCCUGGGGCAGGAGGAAGCGCUGCGGCUGCACGCCCUGUGCCGCGUCCUGCGAGAGGUGGACCUGCUGCGGGCUGUGGUCGCCCAGACGCUGCAGCGCUCACUGGCCAAGUAUGCGGAGCUUGACCGUGAGGAUGACUUCUGUGAGACUGCCGAGGCCCCAGACAUCCAGCCUAAGACCCACCAGAAGCCAGAGGCCAGGACGCCACGCCUGUCCCAGGGGAAGGGGCCUGACAUCUUCCAUCGGCUGGGGCCCCUGUCUGUGUUCUCAGCCAAGAACCGGUGGCGGCUGGUGGGGCCCAUCCACCUGACCCGAGGAGAGGGUGGCUUCGGCCUCACGCUUCGGGGAGACUCGCCUGUCCUCAUUGCUGCUGUCAUUCCAGGGAGCCAGGCCGCGGCGGCCGGCCUGAAGGAGGGUGACUACAUUGUGUCAGUGAACGGGCAGCCGUGCAGGUGGUGGAGACACGCAGAGGUGGUGGCGGAGCUGAAGGCUGCAGGAGAGGCGGGUGCCAGCCUGCAGGUGGUGUCGGUGCUGCCCAGCUCUAGGCUGCCCACCUUGGGGGACCGCCGACCCGCCCUGCUGGGCCCCAGGGGGCUUCUAAGCAGCCAGAGGGAGCAUGGCUGCAAGACCCCGGCAUCCACAUGGGCCAGCCCCCGGCCCCUCCUCAGCUGGAGCCGAAAAGCCCAGCAGGGCAAGCCUGGAGGCUGCUCCCAGCCCCGUGCCCCAGUGAAGCCAGCUCUGCCCUCAUCCUCGAAGUGCCCAGGGUGGCUGUGAGGGCCAGGCUCCCUGCACACCUCAGCCCUGGCUCCAGCUGGUGGGAAGCACCAAGCAUGCCCUCCCCACCCAGAGGACCUCUGGGCAAUGCCUGCCCCGCCUCAUGCCGAAGGCUGCCUCGGGCACCUGCCUGCCCAUUAAAGACUAUGGUCAGACCUGUCUGAGCCCAG